AUGUACGCCUCUAGAGCCCUUUCGAAGGCAGCGCGGCCGCUGUCGCGUCGCUUGCUCGCCUCCGUCUCCGGUGUCGCUGCUGCGGCGUGCAUCGCACCUGGCGCGGCGGCGCUUGCCCCUGAAGCGACUAAGAGGACCUGCCACAUCGCGUCGGCUGUGCUCUCCUCGCAUCUGCAGCAGCGACGCUCUUUCGCCCACCACGCCAAGCCAGCGUAUGAGAUCAUCGACCACAAGUACGACGCUCUCGUCGUCGGCGCCGGCGGCGCGGGCCUCCGCGCGGCCUUCGGGCUCGCCUCUGCAGGCAUCAAGACCGCGUGCAUUUCCAAGCUCUUCCCGACGCGCUCUCACACCGUCGCCGCGCAGGGUGGCAUCAACGCGGCGCUGGGCAACAUGACUGAGGACGACUGGCGGUGGCACGCGUACGACACCGUCAAGGGUUCCGACUGGCUCGGCGACCAGGACGCCAUUCAGCACAUGUGCCGCGAAGCCCCGAAGGUCGUUCGCGAGCUCGAGGCCUACGGUUUACCUUUUUCUCGAACGGAAGACGGGCGCAUCUACCAGCGUGCGUUCGGCGGACAGUCGCUCAAAUUCGGCAAGGGCGGCCAGGCGUACCGAUGCGCCGCCGCGGCGGAUAGAACUGGGCACGCCAUGCUUCACUCGCUGUACGGCCAGUCGCUGGCACACGACUGCAAGUUUUUUGUCGAGUACUUUGCGCUAGAUUUGAUCAUGAGCGGCGAAGGCGACGAACGCAAAUGCCACGGCGUCAUUGCGCUCUGCAUGGAGGACGGCAGCAUACAUCGCUUCAACGCGAAGCACACCGUCCUGGCCACGGGAGGAUACGGCCGCGCGUACCAGUCGUGCACAUCGGCGCACACCUGCACUGGUGACGGUGGUGGCAUGGUGUCGCGUGCCGGCCUGCCCCUCGAGGACUUGGAGUUCGUGCAGUUCCACCCCACUGGUAUCUUCCCUGCGGGUUGCCUGAUCACCGAAGGCUGUCGUGGAGAGGGGGGCAUCCUCCGCAAUGGACAGGGCGAAGCGUUCAUGGCUCGCUACGCACCGACCGCGAAGGAUCUCGCCAGCCGCGACGUCGUCUCGCGUUCGAUGACGAUUGAAAUCCGCGAGGGCCGUGGCUGCGGAGAGAAUCGCGACCACAUUCACCUGGAUUUGACUCACUUGCCGGCCUCCACGCUCCACGAGCGUCUCCCGGGUAUCACCGAGACUGCCAAGAUCUUCGCAGGCGUGAACGCGGAGAAAGAGCCGAUUCCGGUGCUGCCCACUGUGCACUACAACAUGGGCGGCAUUCCGACGAACUGGCGCGCCCAGGUUCUCACCACCUCCCGCGACAAGUCUGGAGGACCCGACAAGAUCGUUCAGGGCCUCUACGCGGCCGGAGAGGCUGCUUGCGCAUCGGUGCAUGGCGCCAACCGUCUCGGCGCGAACUCGCUGCUGGACAUCGUCGUCUUCGGCCGAGAGGCUGCGCGCACGAUUGCUGAGCAGUGCCAGAAGGAUACCUCGGCGCCGACGCUGCCCGCGAACGCAGGGGAGGAGACACUCGCCAUGGUCGACCGCCUGCGCCACGCCAACGGCCCGUUGAGCACCGCACAGAUUCGUCAGCGCAUGCAGAAGACGAUGCAGGACCACGCUGCGGUUUUCCGCACAGGCCCAGUGCUGCAGGAGGGAGUGGAGAUGAUGAAGGAGGUCGCCAGGAGCUUCGCGGACGUCGGCGUGAAGGAUCGCUCUCGCUCCUGGAACACCGACCUUAUCGAGACGCUGGAGCUCCAAAACCUCCUCACGCAGGCCGUGCAGACGAUCGUUGGCGCAGAGGCCCGCAAAGAGAGUCGCGGCGCGCACGCCCGCGAGGACUUCAAGGAGCGCGAUGACCAGAACUGGAUGAAACACACGCUGUCGUGGCAGACGCACCGCGACGUGGAGAAAUCCGAGUUCCCCCUGACCUACCGCAAGGUCAUCUCGCAGCCCCUGGACAAGGAGAUGGAUCACAUUCCUCCGGCGAAGCGUGUCUACUAA